AGCAGAAGAAGAAACAUAAACAGGAAGUGGUUUGUCGGGCGAGGAGUUUGCAGUCCAGAAAUAUACUUUAAUCAUGGGCAAGAGCUGCAAGGUGGUCGUGUGUGGCCUGACUGCAGUUGGCAAAACUGCUGUUUUGGAGCAACUACUUUAUGGCAAUCAUGUUGCAGGUUCUGAGCCCAUGGAGACCUUGGAGGAUAUCUACAUUGGCUCUGUUGAAACUGACCGUGGCACCAGAGAGCAGGUGCGCUUCUAUGACACUCGGGGCCUCAGAGAUGGAAUGGAGUUUCCUCGACAUUACUACUCCUUUGCCGAUGGCUUUGUACUUGUUUACAGCAUCGACAGUAGAGAGUCUUUCAAGCGAAUGGAGGCACUCAAGAAGGACAUUGAUCGUUACAGAGACAAGAAAGAGGUGACCAUCGUGGUGCUGGGGAAUAAGCUGGACAAGAAGGACGAGAGGAGGGUGGACUCUAACAUGGCCCAGAACUGGGCUAAGACGGAAAAGGUUCGCCUGUGGGAGGUCUCUGUGAUGGAUCGGCGCACACUGAUCGAGCCUUUUGUUUACCUGGCCAGCAAAAUGACGCAGCCUCAGAGCAAGUCCACUUUCCCCCUCAGCCGCAACAAGAAUAAGGGGAGUGGUUCAGUGGACAGCUGAAGGACCAGGAUGAAGGAAAGAAGUGAGAAUCGGGGAUACUCAGGGGACUUGGUGUAUGUUGUUAAGGCAUGAGUUUUAAAGUUUGUUGUAAAGAGUUGAAGGAUGAAUAGUGAGUUUUGAGAAAGAGUAGAUGUUACUCUGAGCUUAAUUAUGACAGGAUGAUAGUGUAUUGACAUUCACUUAAAGUCAGCUUGAUGUAUUCAUAUAUCAGUACAUUGCUUGAUGUUUUUGCUUCAUGCUUUUAUUACUUUGGAUGUGAAAUGCCAAAAUACCGAGCGCAUAACAUGCAGAACUUAAGCCUUCACUUUUUCUAGCCAAAUUAGAUGUCACAUUUCAUUAUACUGGAAUUUUGAACUGCAUGUCAUUUUUAGGGUAAUCUGUUGAUUUAGCCAAGAGGUCACCAUAUACAUUCAGUACAGCAUACAUACAACUAAAUACAUGUGACAUAAAUUGGUAGCAACACCACAUCAGCUGCAAUAUAGACACCGCCAAAACUGGACAAGGUUAGGUGCCCUGUUUAAGGAUGCAGUUCAGUGGUGUGGUUUUCAGUAGUCAGUCUAGAUUUGGGAAAUGCCAGAUCAGGUGGUUUUAUAAUAGGCACAAGUAUCUCAUACACUCCACAGUGUUCUCCAUCAGCUUGUUCAGUCAGUCCUGCAGAGGCCAGCAUGCUUGUCUCUGCUCUGGGCUGUUGGCCCUGAAAGGUGAACUGUGGAACCUUCCUGCUACUUGUUCACCGUUUAGAUAGCAUGGCAUGUUUCCACCUCAUUCAUAUUCUAAAAAAAAUCUAGCACUACUGUCACGUGUACACUUUUUGGUGCUCCAGUGUUGUCAAUUUUAAUUGUUAAAUCAUGUACUUGAUUUUGGAAGUUCACAUCAUGGUCCUGCAGCACGGUGGCGCAGUGGUUAGCACGGUCGCCUCACAGCAAGAAGGUCCUAGGUUCAAGCCCAGGGGUAGUCCAACCUUGGGGAGGUCGUCCUGGGUCAUCCUCUGUGUGGAGUUUGCAUGUUCUCCCUGUGUCUGCGUGGGUUUCCUCCGGGUGCUCCAGUUUCCUCCCACAGUCCAAAGACAUGUAGGUCAGGUGAAUCAGCUGUACUAAAUUAUCCCUAGGUGUGUGUGCGUGUGCGCCGUGAUGGCCUGGCGGUCUGUCUGGGGUGUGUCCCCACCUGCUGCCCAACGACUGCUGGGAUAGACUCCAGCAUCCCCGCGACCCUGAGAGCAGGAUAAGCGGUUUGGAUAAUGGAUGGAUGGACUUCAUGGUCCUCUUGUGGGUUGGGCAAGUGCCACAGGCCACCAGAGACUUAAAGCAUUUUAAAACUAGUUGAAUGAUUUCAGAAGUGCUUAGGUGUCAGUUUGCCAGAUUAGUUUUUCAUUCUUUAUUUUUGAAAAAGGAAUUUUGGGGAUUGUUUAGUUGUUUUUUUUUUUUUUAAAUUCUAAUUGCAAAUCAGAUUUGGCUGAUAUACUCUCCAGUUAAAACUGCCUUUCCACACCUUGACCCAACACUCAUCUUUUACUGACAAUUGAAGCAAAAGCAUCAAACACCAUCACAGUCUGUUCACAGACUCACAUGUAGCUCCCUGUAUGUUGGUUAGUGUGCAGCAGAUAGUAUUGCCUUUGCCGGCAUACACAGAUUAUUCCAGAAUUCAAAACAUUUUUUGUUUUAUCACAAAUGCACAAACCCUCCCUGUUGUGAUGGAGUGAGAGGUGCAGUGAAUUUGUGUUGACUCAUAAUGUAGAUGUACUGCUUGUCACCCAGGAGAUUCUCUUACAGUACCGCUGUGUUCUCUGCUCAGACUGGUGGAUUUUGCAGAAUGUAUAAUUGACAUUCCUUAAACUUGGAAGAAAACCCCAUUCUUGUUUGUUGCUAUAUUUCCACAGGUUUGCCAGAAAGGAGUUUACCUUUCUGUGCAGACUUGGGCUCGAUCAGACAAGACAGACAAUCAGUGCUCUGAACAGAGACUGAGAUAACAUUAUGCCUCCAGGUGAGGUGGACAUGUGAGCUCAGGUGCAAUUGCACUUAUUGUUUUGUGGACCAUUAUGAAUGAAAGCUCUAGAAUCCACCAUGUAAGAUGAUACACUGUCCUUUCAGAAGAUUUACUUCCUUUAAAUUGGCAAUGAUAGAUAUUUCACAAGUUGAAAGUGGGGCACAUCUGUUAAGCUGCAAAACCAAACCAAAAUAAAAUUGUAAUAUACAUAUCAGAUGAUUGCUGAAGUAUUAAGGUGCAUGCACCAUUGCAUAUGAGGUUAAAUACAUUUGUGAUGCAAUUUGUUUGUUUCAUCUUAGUACUGGAAGUGUAACCGUUUUAGUGCCUAUCCAUAGGAUGUUGGUGUCAUGUCAAUAUUUUGUGCAUCAUUUUGUUUUCUUGAGCAUUAUAGUGCACUUAUGCAUUAAAAUCUUUUUAUAUGUGGUAAUAUACAUUUAUGUAUUUGUCAUGCAUGUCUUGUAAACAAAUUAAAGGAUUUUUCUUUUCCGUGCCUAA